AUGAACAUGUCGAAUUCAGUAAGUAGAUUCUUUCACAAGAAGGCUGUUGACGGCAGGUCUGGGGAGCGCAAGACUCGGCUGGAGCGCCAGAUUGUUGGUGCAACCAACCGAUGGCGUUUUCCCCAAGACCAUUUCUGCGGAGACCUGUUGGCACUUUCCCAGAUGUGCAAUGUUUUGAACGUAGACCUUGACGAGGCUCUGAAGAACCCAGACAGAUUAUGUAUUUCAAAAUUCCAGAAGCUUUUCUCUGAAAAUAUCAUGAACAGUGGCACCCAAAGUGGGGAAGCAGACGUGAUCCUUGAAUGCCUCGGCUUCAAGUGGGAACUCCACCACCCUCAGAUUUUUCAGUCUGAGACCUUGGCCAAGCUCUACCUGACAGCCUUGAUACAGAAUACAAAAAGCUCCCAGAAGGAGCUGGACAAACUUCAGAAAGCUCAUCCACCUGCGAGGAUCAAAAAAAGGUCCUCUGUGAAGAAGAUCAUCAUUUCCCUGAGGAUCAAUGACCCGGCAGUCACCAGAGUUGCCUUCGCCCUGGCCCUGAAGAACCUCUACAUGAAGGAGGUGGAGAUGACCGUGGACAACGUGCUUGGCGUGAUGGCUUCUGCUCACAUCCUCCAGUUCAACCGACUAUUUCAAAAGUGUGUCAACAUGAUGUUGAACAGACUCACACCAAGCACCAUCAAGGACUUCUACUUGGCCGGCUGCAAGUACAAGGAAGAGCAGCUCAUCAUUGCCUGUGAGAAGUGGCUGGCAAUGAACCUGGUCCCUCUCUUGGGGACGCAGAUCCACCUCCGACAGAUCCCUGAACCUCUGCUGUACAAGGUGCUGAAGUCGCCCAGGUUGUUCACCUUCAGUGAGUUCCAUCUCCUGAAAACCUUACUCAUGUGGGUUUACCUACAGAUGAACUGCAAGGUUCAGAUGGUCCCAAUCCACGAGACCAUUUUGGCAUUUUUUAACAGCUUUCCCAAGAAGUGCUGCUUCCUAGAACAGGACCCAGGACAGAACUGGAUGCCACUCUUCCUUUGCCUGCGUCUGCACGGCAUCACCAGUGGCAAGGAUCUGGAGGAGUUGAAGCACAUUAAUUUCUUCCCUGAGUCCUGGCUGAUCCGGGUUACAGCCAACCAUUAUCACGCACUGGAGAAUGGGGGCAACAUGGUCCACCUGAAAGAUCUUUCUACACAGGCCAUGAGGUUCGGGCUGCUCUUUAGGCAGGAAUACACCACUUACUCGGAAAGGAUUUCUAUAUAUGGAUACUUCUUUGAGAUAAAAGGAAUCAAACACGACACUAACUCUUACAGUUUUUCUAUGCAGAGAAUAAAACAUACAGACUUGGAGUGCCCCUCACCAGUCUGUGAGCACAGUACCAUCAGCCUGAGGACGGAGCGCCUGGUGAAGUACGAGAUCCAAGCCCAGACACUGGUGGACGGCAGGUGGCAGGAGUUCAGGACAAACCAAAUCAUGCAAAAGUUUGGGUUUCUCAAGCCAGGCUGCAAAAGCCACGCCUUGAAAAUUCAAACCGUGGGCAUCCCGAUCUACGCCAGCUUUGCCUUCAUCUUCCCAGCAUCUUGA